AUGGACACUUUCUACACUCCGAUGAGGACCCCAACGGCCAAAGCGCGACGAAAGGCUCUGUCACCCACCGAACAGGUGCCUGUUGAAGCGGGCCCUAGUUUUUCUUCACCUUAUGCGGUGGUUGAGUUGGGGAUGGAUGAAAAUGAAAUGAGGGUUCAUAUAUUGGAACAGGAUACUACGAUCAGGGAAUUGCGCCGUACUAUAAAGAGAAUGGAAGAAGAUAUGAAUUCCAAGAUGAAUGAGAGCAUUCUGAUCGAAACCAGCAAUCGGAUCAACUCUCACGAGUCGCGAUUACUCCAAAAGGAUAUUGCCAUAUAUGAACAUGAGGUGAAGGAAAUGAAGGAAAACCUCAGGAUAGCAAAGCUGGAUUUGUCAGCAGAGAUGAAUAAGCGAAAAACAAUUGAAGACGACCUUACGAGGCGGACCAUUGAGUUGGAGGAAUUUGAACUCAAACUGAAAUCAGCCAACGAGGCCGCCAGCAAGCUUCAGGAGAAGUUGGUAGAAAAAGAUCAGAGAAUAACCCAACUUGGAUCUGAAAUCAGCGCCGCGAAAUUCGAAUAUUCGGUGUUGGAAACGAGAUAUGCCAAGAGCAAGCAAGAUUGUGAGGAGGCUAAAUCUCGUAAUAAAACACUUACAUUGGAAGUGGCUUCCCUGAAAAUUGCACUCGCAGAAUGCAAAGAAGAACUUCGUCGAGGAUUGGAGGCCGUCAAGGAUCAAAAAGAAAAUAUGACCAAAAGGGAGAUCGAGUUGCGGAGGAGUUUGGAAUCGAACCUCGUCAAUCACAAUCUGUCAACUUCGCAUAGUCUCAUCAAUGCCUUUCAAUCACUGUCUUCUCAGAUAGAAACAAUCCAGAAAACGAAUUUAACAAGCGAUCAAGUGGCUGAGAUUCAACUCAAGAUCGGUGAACUCACUGCUACCAAUAAAUUUCUUGAAGGGAAGGUUAUGGAAUAUGAGGAAAAGGAGAACACUCUAGCGAAGCACUUGGCGGAAGCACAAGGUAACGCCGAAUCAGCUAAAGCAGAACUAGCGGAAUUGCAGAAGAAGCUCGUCGAAAUUGAGGGCAGCUCUACUCUGACACAUCAGUACUUGCUUGAAGAGUCGAACAAGAUUAAACAACAAAAAGCUGCGCUUCGGUGUGAAUUGAUAGAACUUCGCCGGGAUUAUAACAAAUUGAAGGAGAAACUGGAGAAGAUGGAAUCGAUUAAAGUGGAUGCAGAAGAGGUAGAAAAGCUGCGUGCUGAACUAGAAUCGUCUCGUCGACGAGAAGAGCACUUUAAAAAAGAAGAGGCUCGGUUGAAGGAGGAGUUAGAGUCAACGCAAGAAAAAAUGAGGGAGCUUGAAGAAGCGCUAAACAUAGCAAAACAACAACAAGGAGACGUAGAAGUAGAGCAAAGCAUGAAUAGUGAAUUGCGUGAAGAACUUAAAAAAGCGGAAGCAAAGCUCAUUGAACUCUAUCAGAUGGUGGACACAGUAGACACGCAGUGCGAGCAGUACAGGCUACUCAAGAAACGAGCUGACGAGACCAGGCAAAAGGCUUUGGAUGAGUGUUCUCAAAUGGCCACUAAGUUACGCGAAACGCAGCGCGAACUGGAACUUCAAAAGGCGUCUGAAGUUGAGGUCAAUCAGUUGAGGGCUGAGAAGGAUCGUCUAGAAAUGAAAAUUCGUUAUCUCAAUGAUGAACUACGUGAGACUCACAACGACUAUCGGGCUGAAUUAGCCCAACUGGCUCGUCAGAUCAGUGAGAGCAAACACAAGGAUGCCACCGAUAACGAGUCUUAUGUUCAGAAGAUUGACGAGUUGAAUAGGAAAGUAGGUCAAAUGGAGAGUACUUCUCGAAGUGCAAGACGGCAUUUGGAAGAGUUGAAGUCGGAAAAUGAGAAGUUGCAGGAACAGGUUUCUGAUGUCGCUGCUCGUGAACGAGAAGUCGCAAAUGAGAACAAAAAACUGCGUUCUGGUUUGGCGGAAGCGGUAUCGAAGAUCGAACAAUAUAAAAAAGAAGCUGAAAGUUGUAAAGAGAUGUGUAAGGAGAUGGCGGAGCAACUUGGUGCAAAUGAAGAGCAAAUUCGUAAGUUGGAGGAUGAGGUAGCGAACCUUGAGGAGACGUUGAGAGAAAAAGAAAAGCUCGAGGAAUAUCUUCAAUCACAAGUGAAGGCAAAAGACAUGCCCAAACUCAGCAGACGCAGUACUCUUCUACGAACACCCUCAGAUAUAUCACUGGAAGUGAUCGACCCCGUCAUCGUUGAAGAGUUAGAGAAUGAGAAAUCGUCCCUACUGAGAGAGCUGGAAGAGAAAAAGAAAGUUCUGAUGUCGCGAAAAAUGAUGCCACCCCCUCUGCCGAAGGAUCAUCGAUGUCUGCCAUCUCCCAUAUACAGUAAUCCGUACAGCGUCACGCCAACGAGAAAUCCAUUGGUGACAUUGCAGUCGAAAUCUGUCGGAGAUGUUCGGGAUUCAUUUACUCAGAAUAAGUCAUCUGCAGUUGCUACUUCAAAACCACAAAAAGCGAUAAUGCGGCAUGAUAUCCCUCACAGCUGGAACGAAGUCCGUAAAUUCGGUGUGUUCAGCAUCAAGUGCGCCGUUUGUUUCGUUGGAGUGCCAACGGUGAGCUCUUAA